AUGGGUGAGGUUGUUGAGCGAAUGAAGAAGAAAACGAUAAUAAAACCAAUAGUUUAUGGAAACACAACAACCGCUUUUGGCUAUAAAAGAGAAUCCGAUAUGCACACACAUCAGUGGACCGUUUUCCUAAAACCAUAUCUCGCAGAAGAUCCGACUAAAUGGAUUCGAAAAGUGCAAUUCAAAUUACAUGAAAGUUAUGCGAAUCCCUAUCGAGUUGUCGAAAAACCGCCGUAUGAGAUCACUGAAACCGGAUGGGGUGAAUUCGAGAUUCAAAUUCGCAUUUAUUUCAUUGACCCCAAUGAGAAACCAAUCACUGCUUUCCAUUAUCUUCGACUUUUUCAACCGGUUUUUACUUUGCCGAAUGGUAGUCAAAUGGUUUCAGCAGAAUAUUAUGAUGAGAUUGUGAGUUUUGGACGAGGAAAACGUUUUCUUUCUAAAUUGAAUACUUACUGACUUUUUUCUAGAUAUUCCAAGAGCCAACAGUUCAACUAUACAAAGCUUUGCAAGCAGGAGAGGGAAAACGGCCGGAUAAGCAAGCUUUUACACAUGAUAGUGAGUUGUAAAAUUUUAGAAAUGUUUUUGGUGUGACCUAUCCUCACGUUGACGUAAAAUAAUAAUUUCAAAAAUAUAAAUAAUUUGAAUUCUUUUUUUGAAGUAACUGAAAAACGUCAAUUAUUGUUCGGAACUUUCAAAAUUCGCAGAAUCUAGAAAAUAAAAAAAAACAUCCCAAUGUUCAUUUUUCCAGUCGAACAAGUCAAAACACGAACCAAAGAAAUCGGUGAAUUGGCACAAAAAGAAAUCGCCGCCGAAAUCGAAGAUCUUCGCGAUGCUCUCAAGGAAGCUCACAAAAUGAUCGUCAAAUACAGUGCCGAAAUCAGCGAAUUGCCGGAGCAAAAUGAUCAACAAGAUUCGGGACAACAAACUCCAAUUGGCUAA